CCGCCAGUUUCGGUGACAGUUAAUAAUAAUUUUUACUCAUCAUUAGAAGCACUCCUUCAUGCCGUCAAAUAAUUGUUUUUACGUUUAGCAUAAUAUUCAGAAAGGGGAGGCUAUUAAUUAAAACUUUAGACAAAAGUUUACUUCUCUAAUUGGGAACAUUUUGUGUAUACCCCUAUUUUUUAGCCUAUUAAUAUCUGCUUAGAUAUACUUCAUAAAGCAAAAUGGAUUUUAAUUUAUCAGCAUUUCAAGAGCCUCGAGGAGUCAUGAGAAUUCUACAUUUUAUAUUUUCAAUAUGUGCAUUCGCAACUAUCACAAGCUACAGUGGUUAUAUCAUAUUCAGUUGCACAGAGGAAAAGAUUGAUUUCUCAUAUCCGUUUUCAGUUGUCGAGGAAAUAGUUGUUCAAAAUGGCAAUUGUACAAUAUCUGUAAAAAAUGAUUUUUCUUCUGAUGCCAAAUUUUUUGUGGCGACUGGUGUCUUAGCAAUGUUGUAUGCUUUAGGAAUUAUGUUUGUAUAUGCAAAAAUGGAUGAGGCUUACAAAACAAACAAAAAGUUGCCUCUCUAUGAUUUCCUUAUUACCGUAUUUUUUGGAGUUCUGUGGGUAUCGAGCAGUGCAGCAUGGGCAAAUGGAUUAACAGGGUUAAAAUCAGCAACCCAAGGCCCUAUUAUCAAACCUCCUGAGUGCUGCCUUUUAACUAGUAACAGUAGCUAUUCUACUCUCAAUAUAUCUGUGAUUUUUGGAUUUCUAAAUUUCUUUUUAUGGGCUGCAGAUUUAUGGUUUUUGUACAAAGAGACUACUUGGUUCCAAGAUCCAGCAACUCAGACAACAAGUGGCAUAUAAAUCAUUUAUUUUCAAUGAAUUGUUUUUUCACUCCAAACAACUAGUCCAUUGUGAGUUCAUGUUUGUUAUUUUAUUUCAUUUUUUUAUUCACAGCUGGGCCAAAGAGGUUUUUAUUUUUGAAGCAUUGAAAACCAAGAAUUAUUAAUGUUUUUAGAUAUUUUGGAACCCAGGAAGGAUGAGUAAAAACAAAAAAAAAUUAAAAUACUUAACAUAAAAGUUUCUGUUUAAUUUUUGGUAGUCACUAAAGUUGAAUUUUUUCAAUGUCCAUAAACCAUACUAUAAUUAAGUUGAUGAAGAUUUAUGGUUGUACUGUCAAAUUGUAUAUGACUUCAGAUUGCACAAGAAGUAGGAGAAUAACCCUUAACAAUUAUGAACAUAUCUUCACUUUUAUUGCCCAUUCACCAAAGCUGGUAUGUUCCAGCAUUUCUAACAGAAACAGGAACCAGUGAAACUCGGUUACAGCCUAUUCUAUUUUGUGAAUAAUAUACCAUAAAACAUUUAAGUUACCAUAACUACUCAAUACUUAUUAAUGUAAAAAGGUGUUUUUUUAAUUCAUUUUUUGCCAUAUUUAGGAAUAUUAUUAAAAAAUGUAGGAUUUGGGUAGACAAAAUUGUGAAAGUAGAUGAAUAAUAUGGCAAUGUAUGCAACACUUAAGGUUUGCAUAGGUGAAAUACAAAUGUGAAUAUUAUGUGUUUUAAGUUAAAGUAACUUAGUAUUUACUUAAAUUAUCUUUUUUUAUUUGUUUAUCUCCCUCCAACGCAAAUUGGUAGAUCUAAUGUCCUAUUUUUAUACCAUAGCUUAUUUUUUUGUAGUUUUUUCAGUAUUCAUUAAUAAUAUGGUUUUGUUAUAAACUUUG